AUGAAUAUAAUAUCUCGAAAGGAAGGUGAAUUGCAGUCUCAAAGUCUUAAGGAAUUCCCAAUUCUGAUGAAUGUGUAAUAUCUAAAUUUGAGUUACAACCAGAUCACUUUGAUUCCAUAUCAGAUCAUACAGAUGGAGAAUCUGGAGAUUUUGAUCCUUAAUCAUAAUCAAAUCUCGGAAUUUCCAAAGGUGCCAUUGCCGAGGCUACGCACAUUGGAGAUUUCAGACAAUCAAUUACUCUCAACAGAUUUCUCUUAUCUCAAUCUAACCUGUCUGGACAUCCAAUAUAAUUCAUUUCAAAUUUACCAGCACCAUCCCACCUUGGAACGCCUCUCUCUGAGUUGGUUCACUUUGAUCGACAUGAGUGCUCAACAAUUUGAUUUGAGAACCUCGAAGAUAGGUGUACAAUUGAGAGAGAACCACCACAUGAAUUUCAGCUAAUUUGUUAACAUAUUUUCGAAUUUCACCGAUACCAUUUUCAUAAAGGCCAUCCAAUACGACGAGCACAGUAUCAUACCUUCAAUGUGUGAAAGUCAUUCGGAAUGCUUGACCAAAUUGUAACAUCCUUAACCAUUAAUUCUAGCAGCCAAAUUAAAUAUAAGAAUUUAUAAGAUCUUACUAUCCUAUUUGCAUCCAACCUUAUUGCUGGUUCAAUUUGUAUUCCUAUGGGCAUGCGAUCGUUUAGAAGUGGAAGUUGUUGAACACAUGCUUGAAAGUGGAAUCAUGGUCUGUUGGUCUGACCAAAUGAAAAUCCUGAGUCAGGCUCUUUGCAUUCCAUUGAGAGGAGUGAUUGGAGACACCCCAUUGCAUUUUGCAUUCAGGAGACAAUGUAGAAGUGAGACUGAUUAUGUCAAUCAAAUGCAGAUUGUCCAGUAGUUGCUUAAACAUCAGAAUCCGAAUCAGAAGAAUUCCAAAGGGGUUGCUCCAAUACAUGAAAUAUUGUUAAUACCUUCAUUACGAAGUUUUGCGAAUUGUCGUCCAGAUCAAUUUGAUUACACCAAGAGAAUGGGACCAUCCCAGGAUUCCAUCAUGCACAUUGCUACACAAAUGGGAUAUAUCUAGGCAAUCCAAUUGUUUACUGAAAAAGUGAGUAUGUUCACAGUCAACAAAUUCAACAAGACUCCAAAGUAUACUUGUUCUCCUUCAGUAACAAUACUUAAAUAUGUAAGAAAAUUAGAAAUUCAAGAAUUGAGAAGCAUCUUAAUUUAAUCAUAGUAACAUCUGUAAGUUUCUAUUCGCAAUCCUCAAGACUUUCACAUUUCUGUCAAUGAAGGUGAUAAUUUAUACAAUUUGCUCUUCAAAGACAUAGUAUUGACCGAUAAACUAAUAAUUGUAAUUUUGAUCAACAUGUUACAAUUCAAAUUACUCUAUUAAAUCAAAUUCACUUCACUCCGCAUUAUUUAACCCAUUCAGAUUAUAAAUAAUUGUCAUCACAACUUUCAUCCAGAUGUAAAGGAAUUCAGAAAGAGACUCUCUGAUCAGCUGUCUCAGAAUCUAUAGCUAAUGGCAAAACCAACCAAACAAUAGGAAAUAAUUGUGAGGAAGACUUAGAGACAAUAAAGCAUCAAUCUAGAUCAAAUUAUUGAUCAUAGUAAUGAAUUGUAUGAGUUGGUUUCAUUCUAUCCCCUCAUUGGGAUGAGUGGGAAUCUAUCAAAUAGAACUUCGCUUUUGGAUUACGAGGAAUUUUAACAAAAACAAUUUCGAAAGACUCAAUUCCAUCAGAGGAUCAACAAAACUUAUGUAAGUGGACGGUAACAAUCCCCUUUGCCAAUGAAAUAUAGUUAUGAUAAUUUUGUCAUGUAUCGAAAGAACAAAUCGAUAACACUUGACUUAGGACAUUAGAUUAAGGAUAAUAGUCUAAGUAAUUACUUUCGAUAAUGA